AUGGCCGCUCCGCAGGACCCGCUGCCCCCAGCAGAUCAUGCAGCAAAAGAGCCAGUGGAGGAUACGGAUCCAAGCACUCUUUCCUUAACAAUGACUGAAAAAUAUCCUGUCCAAGACACAGGAGUACCUAAAGAUGAGGAAUACCUAACAGAUCAAGUUACUUUGGAAAUUGCAUCUGUGAACAUCAAGACCCUUACAUCAGAUUCUGGCCUAAUCCAACAGCCAGAAGACAAAGACACACAAAACCAUACUGAUAAAUCACUUUCAGAUCUCAAGAAAACCUGCAAGGAAAAUGUCACCUGCUCCUUGUGCUUAUUCCGUGCACCAACCAUCAGUGACAUGCUCAAUGAUGAGGACUUGUUGUACACAGUGAGGCUAAAGCUGGAUCCCUGCCAUCCAACAGUGAAAAACUGGAGAAAUUUAGCAAGCAAGUGGGGGAUGACUUAUGAUGAAUUGUGUUUCCUUGAACAAAAGCCCCAAAGUCCCACCUUGGAAUUCUUGCUACGGAAUAGUGACCGGACUGUGGAGCAGCUGAUUGAUCUCUGUAAAUUUUAUAAGAGAAUUGAUGUUGUUAAAGUGCUGCUGAAAUGGGUGGAGGAGGAAUGGCCCAAGAGAGGGAACAGAACUUAUCAGAAUGACUUCUAG